AAAAUCGAAAUUCCCCAACCAGUGAUCGAAGCUCUCUCUGCUUCCUCGAAACAACCCGUAGCAAGGAGAAGGAGAAGGAGAAGGAGAAGAGAGAAGAUGCAGAUCUUCGUCAAGACCUUGACCGGCAAGACCAUCACUCUCGAAGUCGAGAGCAGCGACACCAUCGACAAUGUCAAGGCUAAGAUUCAGGACAAGGAAGGGAUUCCACCAGAUCAGCAGAGGCUGAUUUUUGCUGGGAAGCAAUUGGAGGAUGGAAGAACCCUUGCAGACUACAACAUUCAGAAGGAGUCGACUCUUCACCUGGUGCUCAGGCUCAGGGGAGGGACUAUGAUCAAGGUGAAAACUCUGACAGGGAAAGAGAUCGAGAUCGAUAUCGAACCUACCGAUACUAUUGAUAGGAUCAAGGAAAGGGUUGAAGAGAAGGAAGGAAUUCCCCCAAUUCAGCAGAGGCUCAUCUAUGCGGGGAAGCAGCUUGCAGAUGACAAGACAGCCAAAGAGUACAACAUUGAAGGUGGCUCAGUGCUUCAUCUUGUGCUUGCUCUCAGGGGUGGUAGCUUUUAGAUUCUUAGUUUGGUCUCAAAGCAACAAGCAGCUCCUAGUUAUUGAGCAAAAUUUGAUUGAUGGACACAAUCUGCCUUCAGAAAUUCUGUGGAGAUAUAAAUAUGAUCAGUUAUGAUGAUUUUUGCUACUUGGAGAGAUUUGAGACCAUUGAUUUGGCUGUGAGAAGUAUUCAUGUGAACAAUUUGGCUGCUUCGCUUGUAUCUUGACCUAAACUUCAAAUGCUAGCUCUACUUCCACAUUGCCCCA